AGCCACUAAUAUUAAAAGAGUGUCAGCAUUCUUUUUGCUCAGAGUGUUUAUUCAGAGAGAUUGAAGGAAAGCUGGAAACAGAAGCAAAAUGCUUUAUUUGUAAUCGACACAUUCCAUUAUAUACAAUUUUAAAUUCUGUUAAUGUAACACUAUUGAUAGAGCACAUUCUUUUAGGUUGCAAUAAGAAAUGUAAAUUAAAAUUUGCAGUUAAAGACAAUGACCUUAAAAAAUUACACGAAGAAAUUUGUAUUGGUGAACAGCUAUUACCAACUAUGAUUUGCAAAAAAAUUCAUGAUGGACUUGAUACAACUCUAGCUGAUGUAUUUUUAUUAAAAGAAAAUGAUGCUAUACCACGGAUUGUAGAAGAUGCUGCGUUACAUGUUAUAAAGCAAAAGCUAGUUACCUCUGAAUCAAAUUUGUUUGCAUUUCCUUCCGGAGGACCAAGGCCUUUACAUUUUACUUCCAACUCAAUAGCAUAUAAAGAGAGCUCAGAUGUUAGUAAAAGGACAAUUAAGAAAAGACAAAAAGCCGUUAUAAAUUCUUUAAAUGUGAUCUCUGGUAUGUCCAGCACAUCACAACUUCAGCAAACUUCUGCUAUUUUGAAUUCAUUUGAAGUAAAAGAUCAAGUAAAAAUAUUAAUGAUGUCAGACAUACCUUUAUCAGUUAUAAGUGCUGAAGAAAUGAUUAGUAUGAAAGCUCAUAUGGGAAUAACAUAUUCAAACAUGAAGAUACUUGCAAGAUGGCUCAAAACCAAAGAUAUAGAAUGUGCAUCAAAUAAAAAGCAACGGAAAGUAGCUAAAUCCUGGUCUGGAGAGGAUUGGGUAGUUUGUAAUGCUCCUUUUAACUUUCUUUUAAAAGACUCCAGUGAUUCAUUUGAAGUAAAAAAUGCUCCUUGGGGAUACAUUAAAGAUCUUCCAUUACAUAUAAUAAACAAACUCAACCUUCUGAAAAGCAAAAAUUUGCUAAAGCAUUCCAAUAUAAAAAAUGACGAAAUUCACAUCAAAAUUGGUGGUGACUAUGGCGGUGGAUCUUUUAAGAUGUGUUAUCAAAUUGUGAAUGUUGAUAAGCCGAAUUCCAGAAGAAACACAAAUAUUUUUAGUAUUUUUGAAGCAAAAGAAUACAAACCAAACCUUAUUGUGGGUCUCUCAAUGUUCACACAACAAAUUAAUCAAUUGCAGUCAUUGUGUUGGAAUGAGAAAAAAAUAAGAGUAUUUAUCUUUGGUGAUUACGAGUUUUUAUGUUCAGCAUAUGGAAUUACUGGUGCAAAUGGUCGACAUGCUUGCUUGUUUUGUCAUAUAACUCGUGCAGGUAUGAAAAAGUCAGAUACUCAACAAAAACACAGUCCUUGUUCCAAUCGCACGCUGGAAACACUUGAUACAGAUCUCCAAAAAUUCAUUCAAAAAGGUCGAAUACCAAAGUUAGCAAAGUAUUGUAACAAUGUCAUUGAUUCUCCACUUUUCAAUAUUCCUUUAACACAAGUUGGCAUUCCAUUGUUGCAUAUCUCAUUGGGGAUUCAUCUUAAAUUUUUUAAUAUGCUGGAAGAUGGCUGUCAUCUCAUAGAUAUAAAAAUUGCAGCUAAAAUGUGUUUAAAAAAUCAGACUGUAAACAACAAGAGUUUUGAUGAAUAUAUUGUAAUUCAGUUAAGAAUAUAUGAACAAGAAAAAGCUAUUGCUGAAUAUUGUGAAAAAAUAACACUUAUUCAUGAAGCAAUGUCAAUACAAGUUCUACGUUCUCCUGAAAAUAAAGAAUAUCUAUAUGAAAUCUUUCAGCCCAGAGUAGUUCAUUUUAUGAAGAAGAAAAAUGCUAAGAUUAUUGAAUUAAAAGAGUUAAAAACUAAAACAUUUGAAAAAUCGCAUGGACCACUUGUGAAAAAACUUGAUGAAGUUCUAUGUGGGCUUAAUGUUCAAAGACAAGCUUACCACGGAAAAUGUUUUAUUGGGAAUCACGUUCAUAAAAUGUUAAAGUUAAACAGUGUCCUAGAUCUUUGCAAUUCGAUACCUAAGACAGUAAGAGAUCUUGGAUUUAUUGAUACAGAUGUUUUUAUAGAGGCAAAAGUCUUGAGUGAGAAAUUUGUUGAGUUGUUCUUUAAAUACGCAACAUGUUACAACUUUAUGAAUUCAAGUGAAAUAAUUAAUAAUAAUCCAUUAUUAGAGUUAGAAGGAGUCAUUGGAGAAUUAAUGAGUUACUUUCGUAAAACUUGGCCGAAUGAGUCCAUUACGCCAAAAAUGCAUUUAUUAGAAAGUCAUUGUGCUGAUUUUAUUAGAAAUUGGGGUUUGGGUCUCGAUAUUUAUGGAGAGCAAGGUUUAGAAAGCAUGCAUGCUGAAUUCAAUAGUAUGAACAGCACCUUUUGCCAUAUGAAAGGGAAGCAAAGACUAGAAAGUAUUCUGUCUAAUCACUACAUCAAAAACUCCCUAGAAGCAUUGGAAAUUAGACCUACUAUUCAAGAAAGAAAAUCUUAUAAAAGAAAAGCCUCGUGAUAUUUAUUAAAUAAUUGUAUAUAUGAUUGUAAUUGCAUAACGACUUAAUUUUAAUGUUUAUUGUAAGAAAAAAUAUAUAUACUCUUCUUCCGAAUAUAAUAAAUAUUUAAUAAAAUAAAUAGUUAAUCUUUUGGUUACUAGACAAAAACGAAUAUUUUAUUUCAUUAGAUUAGAUAGAUGUGUUAUUCCUUACGUUUUCUUUGACAUCUUGGAAAGUAACCAUAGUUACUUACAGAAGUUUUAGGC